GAACUGUAAAAAGGAAAGCAGAGAUGCAGCCGUACGCCGAACCACACGCGGUGCCCUCGCGAGGCGGCAGCGCGAGUGACACGGACAUCUCGUGGCACUCCGCCAACACCGCCAAAGCCCACCAGGCUCUUUCGCUGUUUGCGAAUUUAGAAGCGAGUCUGCGCACCGCACCCGCGGCGGGUCAUCUAACACGCCGCGGCUCGGCGCCGGCUGCCCACGCGCACACGCCUCCUGCGACGUCUCGCUCCGCGGACCGCAGCCUCCCGCUGAGUAGCUCACCGCCGCAGAAGCAGCGGCACGGCGUCGGCAGCGGCACCGGCGCCCCCACCAGCCCCCACCACGGAGCAUCAGCAUCGACAACGGUGACGGCGCAGCUGGCGUACACCGAGGCGGAAAUUUCGGCCAUGUCGCCGGCUCAGCUGCGCCGUCAGCUGCGGGUGGCCUCCACCGUCACCCAACGACUCUAUCGCCGUGCUCAGCAGCUGCAGAAGCAGGUCGAGGAGUGGGAAGGCAAGUGCUCAGCGCCGCCGCCGCAGCAGCAGACCACAAAGUCUGGCGUGAACAACGGUGGUGCAAUGAAAGUGAGCGGAGCGCAUAGUGAGACUGCCGCCCAGACUGUGAGAGAUGCGGAGCAGCGGGCGGAGAGACUUCAACGAGAGGUGACGCAGCUCACGCUGGAAAAGGAGGCGUUGACACAGCAGCUGCACGAGAAGCGCCGCCCAUCGCAAAACACGGGGCACGAUGGGGGCACCGCCUCACCCGUGCAUCCCAUUUCCUCCCCCGCUGCCGCUACCGUGCGUGACGACAACAGCGAGGUCACACUGCUUCGUGACACUGUCCGUCAGCUGCAGCGCCGUCUGGCGUUGGCGGAGGAACACGCGCAGCGAGCGACGCAGAUCCAACUCGACGCAGUGCUCCAACACCGCCAGGCGGGAGCUGCUCAGGGUCCACCCACCGUGGCCGUUGUGAAUGCGGAGGUGCAGAAGCUGUUGGAGCUGCUGCAAGGGCAACUGUUGUCGAACGCUGCCCAGCAGCAGGCGGAGCGCGCACGUAUGAACGAGCUGUUUUAUCAGCUAGAGCGUCGGCGGGGUUUGAUGUGA